GUUCAUUGUCGUCCUUUGCAUUUUUCACAACAUCUAACGAGCUGAAGCACGUACGUACGUAUCCUCGGGCCAGAACGAUAGCCCGAUGUCAAUCUUCAGUCGCGUUCGCGGACGACUCUCCGAGGCCGAGGAUCAGGCGCCCGUCGAUCCGCAUGAAUGGCGGCUCCCAUCUGUGUACUCCAUAUCAAAACCAGGUAGCCGAGACACAGUCAUCCCAAAUCCAAGAAUAUUUCGAAACGCCUUUGUGCCCAGGGGAGCGACCGAUGGAAGAGCGGGAACCAGCCUCGUCUAUCCUGACAUCAGCCACGCCGCGGUGCACUUGGCCUUGCUUGAAAGUUUCCGAGGACUGAGGCUCACCGCCGGGAGGCUCGACGUGGACGUGGAAAAGCCAGCAGUAUCUUCUGAGAAAGCCGAGCCGGCGGAACACCCUGCGCGGACUCGGCUGCCGGCAUCAGAGCGGUGGGACUUGCUGAUCCGACUGGCCGUGACCCGCUUCACGGCCUGGUGGACGAACAUCGACCGCAUCCUCUAUCAUGCCACGGCCUUUACUCACCACGCUGGCGGCAACUCGGUGGUGCAAUUGACGAAGGACUACCUCCCUCCCUUGGACGUGCUUCUGGUCUGGUACGCCUUCAUGCUCGACGAAGACACUUACACGGCUGCGUGCCAUGGUCGAGGGACACCGAGGCUGGGAGAGCUUUGUUUCCCCUGGCCUGCCAUUCGAGACGUGCUCGACCUGGACGCCAUGACCUACAAGCUACCACCGCCGGCGGCGAAUCUCUUCUCGACCUUGACAUCCCAGUCGGCAGACAUUCUCACGUACCUCGAAGGGCCUCCGGCGUAUAGCGAGUCUCCCGAAUUGCCCCUCGAAAUCGACCUCUUUGCCGAAGUCAAGCGGUGCGAGAGGUUCAUCGAGGACGCCCAUCGUCUCUUAUGGAUCCGCUCGCCCGCGUUGAAGGGCUCGCUGGAACGAUCGAGCAUCCAGUAUCUGGAGUUCCGGCUCUCCACGGGCCCUGCAGACCUCCCACCAUACGACAUCCCCUUUGGCGUGGAAUUGAUCUGGAAAACCCACAAGCUCUACCCCAGCCUCUACCGGCUCUUUCGGCAAGAAAUCACCCCAACGUUUCCCGAUUCGAAAUCACCAAAUCCUCCUCCUCAGACCGCGGUCGACCCCCUCGCGCGAGCAGGACAUCCAUCACCCUCGGAGUGCUGCUGCUGCUGGACCUGCGAGCGGAUCCGUGACGACUUGCCCUCUUUCCGCUACGACCGGUCCGCAUCGGCUCUAUCCUUGCCAGUCUCCCCAGCCCAACUCCGCAGCAUCCAGGACGACCUCGGCUUCUACCGGGCGGUCGAGAAAGCACGAGGGAGCCGGUUGCCCCUGCCCACCCGGCCGCCGACCGCAGCGGAGAAGACGGCCGAGGCGCUGGAGGCGCAGAAGCAAGCAGCGGCGGGCUGGCUCCCUGGCUUGAACGAGUACAUGGUCACGUUGCCGAACGGGGAGAGGAAGAUCAAGAGGGCCAGGGCCAAGCACGCGCGUGCGAUUUAUGGAAUGAUGGUUUGAGAAAAGAAAAAAAAAAGAAGGGGCCAGGAUACUUGGGGAUUGAAUGAAGGCUGCUCGCAUGAGUCUGGCCUCAGCCCACCCAAUUUCUAGUCUGCAUGCACCAUGUCCAACCAAGUAUGAACCCCCCCCC